UUCCGGGACGCCAGUUGUGCUCACAACAGGGAAUAUGGCGGCCAGCUCGGAUCGGAACCCACCUCCUUUCCCCACAGCAGAGGAGUCAGAGCCGGGAUUGUGUGACAUGGCAGACGCGGACAGCGAUGACGGCGAGGACAUCUUCGUUAGUAACAGUAACCUCGUGUCUGUGAGCCGAGGAGUUUCUCAGCCCGACCGCGUCACCGAGGAGCCUUCAGAUCUGUUCAGCGAGGAGGAGGAGGAGGAGGCGGCCAGCAGCACAGCGGCCAAGGCCAACGGAGUUCACUCCGACGAUGACAACGACCUGUUUGCUGAUGCAAGCGUGGAACUGAGCACAGACAAGUCCGGCAGCUCCGCUCGGAAGGAGCCCUCUGGUCCUCGACAUGCCUCCUCAUUCACUCCGAGCCCCGCAGCCAUGCAGCCCACCUCCUUGGAGCAGCUGGAAGAGGAAGAGGCCAAGGAUAGUUUUGAUGUGGAUGUUGCUGUCACAAACCCAGAGAAAGUUGGGGAUGGCAUGAAUGCAUAUGUGGCCUACAAAGUAUCCACCAGGACUUCCUUGCCCAUGUUUAGGAGUAAGGUCUUCUCUGUGAGGAGGCGCUUUAGUGACUUCUUGGGCCUUUAUGAAAAGCUGUCAGUCAAGCAGUCACUCCAUGGAUGCAUCAUUCCACUACCACCAGAGAAAAGUGUCGUAGGAAUGACCAAAGUGAAGGUGGGAAUGGAUGAUCCAUCAUCAGUAGAGUUUGUGGAGAGGAGAAGAGCAGCUCUGGAGAGGUAUCUUCAGAGAGUAGUGUCUCACCCAUCUUUACUACAGGAUCCUGACGUGCGUGAGUUCUUGGAAAGGGAAGAUUUGCCCAGAGCCGUGAACACCCAAGCAUUGAGUGGAGCGGGUUUCCUCAAAAUGAUCAAUAAGGCAUCAGACGCUGUCAACAAGAUGACCAUCAAGAUGAACGAGUCUGACACUUGGUUCGAGGACAAGUUCCAGGAGGUGGAGAAUGAGGAGCAACAGCUCAGGAAGCUUCAUGUCGUGGUCGACUCCCUUGUCAAUCACAGGAAAGAGCUAUGUGGGAAUACGGCAGUGUUUGCCAAAAGUUUGGCCAUGCUCGGGAACUCUGAGGACAAUACAGCUCUGUCACGGGCCCUCUCGCAGCUGGCAGAGGUGGAGGACAAGAUGGAGCAGCUGCAUCAAGAGCAGGCAGCCAGUGACUUCUUCAUCUUUGCAGAACUGCUUGGCGACUACAUCCGCCUGCUGGGUGCUGUGCGGGGCUGCUUUGACCAGCGCAUGCGGGCGUGGCAGAGGUGGCAGGAGGCUCAGAGUACACUCCAAAAGAAGAGAGAGGCCGAGGCCAAGCUCUUGUGGGCCAACAAACCUGACAAACUGCAGCAGGCCAAAGAAGAGAUCACUGAGUGGGAGGCGAGGGUUACUCAGUACGAGAGAGAUUUUGACAGAAUUGGCAUGACUGUACGCAAGGAGGUUCUCAGGUUUGAGAAAGAGAAAGCCAAGGACUUCAAGAGCCAGAUAAUCAAAUACCUGGAAGCAAUGCUGCAGUCUCAACAGCGGCUCAUAAAGUUUUGGGAGGCAUUCCUGCCUGAGGCGAAAGCGAUAGCUUGAUGAAGAGGGAGACUCUUUAAAGACCCCGACUGCCUUUUUGAACACUUUACCUCUAUAAGCAGGAACUGAGAGGACAAUUUUGAAACACACAAGAAACUUCCGUCCAUUUGUUUUUCUUUUGUUUUUUUAAUGAUAUCGUCUUCUCUUAUCUUGUACAGUACUUCAAUAUGAUAAGCUGCCACAUUUCCACAGCAUUUCUCUGGUAUAUUGCCUUGUUUAUGUUCCUGAUCUAAGAUGGUAUAAAGCAAGAGUCCAGCAGAGAUUAACAGGGCCACGAGUGUCUGUAAAACCCACCGUCCUGUCAGUGGGAUAUAUAUUUAUGUCUCUUGUUUAUUUUAACAUGGAGGUACUGUCCCAAGGUAGCAUUGCCUACAGUUUACAUUAGAAGAUAGGCAUAUGUGAGUCAUUCCACACUAACAGAUUGAUGCAUGUCAGAUAAUGUUUUGAUGCACUAAAAUGAAUUGUACUAUUUCAAGAGGUUUUUUUUUUUUUUUAUAUUAUCAAACAAACACUAUUGAUAUCUGGGGCCAUGUACCAGGAGUAUUAGCACAUUCAAACAGUAUAUCAUAGAUUACGUAUUAGAUGAUAGAGGCAGAUUUGACAAGGUUACAAGCUUGUCAGAGGUGUUACAAAAUGAUAUAAGUUGUUACAGUGAGUGCAGGGUGUGAAAAUGUAAUCUCUGCUUUGGUAGUAUUUUCUACAGUGACACAUAUGAUAGUUACGUUUAUGUCAGUUUCUUCAAGAGUAUAUAUUUGGUCCUAUUUUGUCAGACGUGGAGGCCUAAAUGAAACCACUGGGAACUGCUACAGAGAUUUGUCUAGAACCAUGUAAGUGUCUGACAUCUACAAGUGUGCACAUACAAAGCACUGAACAGAACUUGUGCAGAUUGUUAAUCAUACUUUUUUGUUUUGAGAAACUGGUCUAACAAUGACAGAAAGACAUUCAAGUGAGAUGAUCCCUUAUUUUCUUAAUCAGCAUUUGUAAGUGUAGUUUUUCUGUCAUGUCAUAUUUACGUAAGAAUGUGCUUUAUUUUUGUAACCACUUUGCAUUAGUACACACAUUUUCCUGGAAAUGCUGUACAUGUAGAUGUACAAAAUAAAUCAUUAGUUCAGC